CUCAGCGUUCAGCGCGGCGCUCUCAGGUGUCAGCAGGAACCGUGAACCCACUCAGACUGAAGAUGAGGAGAAAAACAGACGAGAAAGAGCUGCAGGUCGGGGUUGUGAUGGAACAAAGGGUUUCAAUGCUCCUCCACGUUCUAAGAUGAAGUUAUGGAAAGGUGCUACUUUUGCCUUCGUGCUCUGUGGCGCAGCCCUGACCAUCGUCCUCGUUAGAAACACCGCAGAGCUGACACUCCAGACUCGGCCGCCGCCCUCAGAGUCGUCUCUGACUGAAGCCAAAGCGCCGGUGGGAGCUCUCCGCCGGAGGGUCCGCUCUACAGGAAACAACAUGAACUCGCUCCUCUCAGAGUUUUCCAUGAUGUUCCAGAGCUUCACGGAGAGCGAGCUCCAGCACGUGGUUGGAAAUCUGUUGGACAGGAAGAGACGGAGGAGCCAGCCCCCCCUCCACCACAGCCAGGCCUCCCGGACUAAGAGAGCCCGGAAGCCCAGGCCCUGCGACCUGCGGAAGCUGGUCCUGAAGGUGAGCGAGCUGGGCCUGGGCUACGAGAGCGACGAGGAGAUGGUUCUGAAGUACUGCAGCGGCAGGUGCACGGCCCACCGGCAGAACUACGACCUCACCAUGAGGCACAUGGUCCAGACGGCCUUCCAAAACCGCCGCAGGGACAAGGUGAGCAGCGGGCCGUGCUGCCGGCCGACGGCCUUCGAGGAGGCGCUCACCUUCCUGGACAACCGGAGCCGCUACCACAUCAUUCAGAACGUGUCUGCCAAGAACUGUGGCUGCGUAUGACCCGUGGGAAGGGCGGGGCCGGGGGACGUCACAGCAGAACGCCCUCAGCAAACUGCAUUGAAUGUUAGCGCGCAUGUCGCCGCCCUGUAGGCUGGAUCGGGAACAGCUAGUGUGACGUCCAAAGAGGGGUGACUGCUGGAACCAAAGAGACUUCUGGGUAGUGACGCUGAUGGUGUCUCCGGGGAGCUGUGGGCGGGAACACAGCACUGCCGUAAGCUGGCGGUCAGUGCGCCGCAGGUUGACCCAACCUGAUCGUUUUCAGGGUCAAGGCGACAAAAUUCACAUGAAGAAGAAGCAGCUAGCGGACAGAAACGUCUGAGGAGCUCGAACUGUUGCUGCCAAAGACCGGCUGAUGUGCGGCUGCUGCACAGAGAGCAGCUCCCCCCCGAAGACUACAGACAAUCAUGUUGAGUAGCUGCAGGUUUGAUACCCAUUUUAAAUGUUUGUGUUUUAUAUACGGAUGCUGUGUAGACUCCUAUAAAGUGAUUUUUGUGCCACCAUAUCGCAAGCAAAAGUCAGAUUUGAGAUCCAAAUGUUCUAAAUUUGAAACAAAAUGGAAACCGGUAAGAAAAAAAAAAAUCAUAAUUUGCAAAUAAAAAUAUUUAAAAUUUGCUCUAAAAACUUUUUUUUGCUUUCAAAACAUAUUUUUGCUAUAGCAGCACAAACGUCUUUGGAUGCUUUGCGCCUCAUCUGGCUUUCGCCCUACCUACCACUGAUUUUGCGUUGACACGUUUUUUUUGUUUCCUGUAAUGUUUGUGCCAGCCGGCUGAUUGGUCUAGAUUUUAUCCAAUCGAAUCACCAUAUUUAUUUAACAUAGUGUCUGUUACCGAGGCUCAAAUGACCAACAGGCUCUUUUACCCUCGACCAUUUAAAAAAAAUCAAUACCUUUUUUUUCUUGUUUUUUUAGCAUUGAUUACAUUUUAUUUUGUCAAAUUUGUGAAUUUAUGGCUGAGAAUCUCCUGAAACUGUAGAAUAAACUGAAAAAGUUUAUAUUCUGACGUUACACUAAACAAGCCUGUGUGAUCUAUGAAUCAUCCGGAGCAAAAUAUUGGUAAAAAGUUUGAUUUUCUUUCAAAUCUGUUUUAAAAAAUAAAAAAAGUACACGUUACCAUCUGCUGCAUGACGGUGUUUUUGGAUUAGUUUAACAUCAGUAGUGAGGAAAAUAAUGAUGGUCAACUUAAUUUAUCAGCAGAAGAAAUGUCAUUUUUAACUUUUAAAGUUCAUUUUCACAGUGACUUGUUUCUAAGAAUUCAUGUUUCCUUUGUGCAAA